CACACAGUGCUGUGGAUACAGUGUCCUACCCUUGAGUCGAAUGACUCGGAAGGAACUGUGAGGCUGCUGGAUGAUUUAGUUUGUGUUCUGCAGGUAAAUUACUGGAAUUCAGAGCAGUGCAACAAGAUCAAUGGGACUGCAGGACAGAUGUGGCCUCCUUUCAUGACCCCUGAAACCACUCUGCCUUUCUACAGCCCAGACGUCUGCAGAUCGAUGGAGCUAGUGUACGAGAGACCCGGGGAGAUACUUGGCAUCCCCACGUACCGCUUCGUGGCUCCGAAGACCAUGUUUGCUAACGGGUCGGUGUACCCCCCCAACGAGGGCUUCUGCCCCUGCAGAGAGUCUGGCAUCCAGAACGUCAGCAGCUGCAGGUUCAACUCCCCUGUUUUUAUCUCCCACCCCCAUUUCUACAAUGCUGACCCCGUACUGCUGCAGACGGUGGACGGCUUGAACCCCAAUGAGGAGGAGCAUGGGCUGUUCAUCGAUAUCCACCCAAAAACUGGUAUUCCCAUGAACUGCUCCAUCAGACUGCAGCUGAGUCUGUACAUCAAAAAAGUAUCUGGCAUAUCGGAGACUGGAAAGAUCAGUCCGGUGGUCAUGCCUAUGAUCUGGUUUGCGGAGAGAGGGUACAUCGACGGGCCCGUCUUAGACACGUUCUAUAACAACCUGGUGCUGCUUCCCUCCAUAAUGGACUGCGUGCAGUACAUCUUCAUCGCACUGGGAGGGCUAAUGCUCACCGCUGCGGUGUUCCUGGGGAUACGUAACAAGGACAAACCCUAUAAUAGUCAUAUAAACAGCACAGGCGCAAACGAGCCCAAACGGGUCGAACCUGAGAAAACUAGCGUGGAGAAAGAGCACAGGAAAGUAAUACACGAAGCCCACCUCUAGAAACAUCUCUGGAAAACUGACCAAGACAAAAACACACGUACUACAGAGAGGACUCCUCUAUUGAACUAAUCCGUCAACACUAAUCUACAAUCCGCUUGAAAAUAGCAAGUGCCCCUGCUGCUCUCUGGGCUGAAGGAUCUCAUGCACACACACACACAUUCUCGGGACUCUCCUCAAACUGCUUCAGUCCUGCAGUAACGCUCCAGUCCGCUCUGUGUUUGAUGUUCCAGGACUGUGGAAGGAAACUAAAGGAUGUGUGUCUCUGUGUGUGAAGGAGCGGAUUCAAGCAGAAUUCAACACGUUCUCUUUGCUGAUUCCAAUAAUCAACAGUCACACUUGUACAGCUUUAUCAUGAUCAUUCUACACAAUGAUGAGGUCACUAGUGAGUCACAGAAACAAAGCAAUACACUAUGUAACAUAAUUUUUGUUCCUGGUAAAGUAAAUACAGUAUAAUCGUAAAUCU